UUUCGUUUCGCCAAGUAUGUGCAUUGGAGCGUGCUAUCGGAUACGAUCUUCGGCCAAAAAAGCCGGAGUUGCGCAUCAUGUUGUUUAAUGUCAUUGCUGUAACGUACAAUACAAACGAUCUUUCGGCGUAGUUGAAUAUAGAUAACCGUUUUAUUUGGAAAACGUAGGAUGAUGAAACACGCAACGUUUCAAAUAGGCACAAAGGACGACAUAGAGGUAUUUGAGGGAAUAACAAUGAACGAAGCAGCAGAAUUUAUUUCAAAGUCUCCAGAAGGUCGCGAAAAUUAUGACGACAGCUUUUAUAUAUGCGAUUUUGGAGAUUUUGCAAGGAAACAUAAAAGAUGGCAGGAAUUGUUUCCCACUUCGCGUCCAUUUUACGCUAUAAAAGUUGCUCCAUAUCCACCAAUGAUUAGGUGCUUGUCUGCAUUGGGCGCUGGAUUUGACUGCGCUAGUCAGGAAGAAAUUGAUUUGGCAUUAAACAAUGGAUCAACUCCGGAUUCUAUCAUUUUUGCCAACCCGUCAAAACCAGUCUCUCACAUUAUUCACGCAAGAGAGAAUGGAGUAAAAAUGUUGGUAUUCGACAGUGAACUUGAACUUCUCAAAAUAAAGAAACAUUUUCCAGAUUCAGAGUUGGUCUUACGAAUACUCGUCGACAAUCCAAGGGCAAAGAUUCCUCUCCAUGACAAAUUUGGAGCAACAUUGGAACAGUCUCGUCAUCUAAUCAGUACUGCAAAAUAUAUUAAAAUGAAGAUUAUAGGAAUAAGUUUCCAUGUUGGUAGUGGAUGCCUUGAUGCCAAUUCAUUCAAGGAAACAAUUGAAAAUGCAAGAGAACUAUUUGACUACGGAAAAAAGUUUGAAAUGAAUUUCAACAUUUUAGAUAUCGGAGGAGGGUUUCCGGGACUUCCAGAUCCCGAUCUGUCCAUUGAAGAAAUAGCGACAGUCGUGAAUGCUUCUUUAGAGAUUAAUUUUCCUUCUAAAAUAUUCGAUAAUUUACGAGUUAUAGCUGAGCCUGGACGAUAUUAUGCAGCAACCGCGUUUGUGUUAGCAACGAAGGUGAUAAUGAAAAAGGAGUUCACAAAGAUGCCUAACGUGGAUGCUGAGUACACUAUCAAUGAAGGAUUGUACGGAUCUUUGAUUUAUUUGCAUGAGCCUUUUCCGGGAGAAAAGCAUCCUUAUAUUCCGGAGGAAAAAGCAAACAAGGAUCGCCAUUUUGCUUGGUUGUGGGGACCAACAUGCGACAGUAGGGUGGUAUCUGAGAGAAUAUUAGUGCCAAAAUUGGAUUGCGGCGACUGGUUGUUCUGGAAAAAUGCUGGAGCUUACUCUUUUGCAUGUGCAAGUAGUUUUAACGGAUUCAGAACAACAGCAUUUUACAACAUUAUAUCAAAGGAAAAUGAGUUAGUGAUUAUUCUUUACUGUUCACUUGUAGAGAUUACCUCAAACAUUGAAAAGAUACAAUUCGCAAUAAGACAAGACAUUAAAAAGAAGGGAAAUAUUUUGGCCGCUCAUGAAUGACGAAGCUGAAGUAUUAUGGAAGCGAUAAAAAGAAUGUCUUAUUAAAUAGGUCAUUUCAGCAGAAGCAAAGAUCAUCAGAAAAUAUAUUUUAUGCUGUUGUUGUUUUGUGUGAUGAAAGGUUAUAAAUUUAAAAAAUAAUAUUAAAAAUAUAUUAUGAGA